AUGAACUAGGUAUAUAAUCAAGAAUGACCAAAGCGUCUUUUGGCUUCUGUGUUACGAUACAACAAGACACUUUGUCCUAGGAGAAAAUCAACAAAAAAAAUGGGACAGACAAAAUCUAAAGAGCUUCAAAACCCACCUGAACUGGAAAAACCAUGGAGGGACUUUGACUGGAUGCAGAAAGAAAUGCUGAAAAAGAGGCUGACAGAGUUCUGCUUGAGUGAUCCAAACAUGCAAUAUAUUGGGAUCCUGGUAGCUGGACAAGUUGGAGCAGGAAAGUCCAGCUUUAUUAACUCUGUCAAUAAUGUCUUUCAAGGGCGGAUCACCUCCUUAGCACUAGCUGAUUCAUGUUCUGGUUCUAGUUCUAGUUUCACAAAACAGUAUGAAACAUACUGUAUCAAAAAUGGGAGCAGUGGCGGGUUAUUGCCUUUUGUCUUUCGUGACAUAAUGGGCUUGGAACCUGACAAAUUGUCUGGAUCUGCACCAGAAGACAUUGUCAAUGCUGUAUUUGGCCAUGUGAGAGAACAGUACAAAUUUAACCCAAAGAGCCCACUUACUUUGGAGAAUGAAUAUUUCAACAGUGACCCCAUCCUCUCUGAAAAGGCACUCUGCUUGGUUUACAUCUUAGAUGCAGAUACAGUCCACUUCACAGAUGAUCGUCUCAUUGAAAAGUUGCAAACCGUUCGUCAGAGAAUCAGUGAAAAGGGGAUUCCUCAAGUGAUUGUCAUGACUAAAGUGGAUGAAGCAUGUCCUCUGGUCCAAAAUGAUCUCAGGAAGGUCUACAGCAGCAAGAAGAUCAAAGAGAAGAUGGAGUUGUGCAGUGCUAAAGUAGGUGUGCCACUGAACCACAUCUUCCCAGUGAAGAACUACAGUUAUGAAAUUGACACAAAUGAUGACGUUGAUGUCAUGAUACUAAAGGCACUGGAUCAGAUAAUGCAUCUCGCUAAUGACAGAUUGGAGAUAAUGCAAGGAAUGUAUAAAUAAAAAGAACAAACUGGAGUGUGUCAGUACUAUUAUUUCCCCAGUGUGUUAUGUUUGAAAAUCUUUUAGAAGCUUGCUUGAACAUGCAUGCAAGUCAUUCUCAUAGAGAUGAAGGAGAAAUCUAAUUGUGCUUAUAUUGCAUUCAGUCUAUUUUCUUCAUGCAUUUAUAUUCAUUCAUAUAUAUUUUUAAAAGACAUUUAUGCAUGUAUACAAUUUUUACCACAUUCUUUUACAUGAAUGCAUUCAUUUAUUCCUAAACUUUUCAUUUAUACUGAUUUUGUAUCAGAUUUGUCCUAUUAUCAGGGAGAGCCUAUAGUCCAGGAGUGGCGAACUCCGGUCCUGGAGAGCCGCAGCCCUGCAGAGUUCAGCUCCAACCCUAAUUAAAACUCACCUCCCUGUUGCUUUCUAGUAACGCUUCAGACCUUGAUUAGCUUGUUCAGGUGUGUUUGAUUAGGGUUGAAGCAAAACUAUGCAGGGCUGCGGCUCUUCAGGACUGACAUUCGCCACCCCUACUAUAGUCUAUUACUUAUUACUCUAUAGCCUAUUAGUCUGUUCUAUAACCCUUAUAAAAAUGCAGUACUACAUGUGUUGUAAAAAUCCUAAAUGCUAUCUCUGUUCCUACUAUUACACUGUUUCUAUGAUAUGGAACAAAUGGCAAAAAGGGAAUAUGCUAGGAAAUUCAAUCUGUUUGCAUGUUGAUAUUCUUGACACAGAAACUGUAUCUUAAAAAAAAAAAAUCUUAAUAAAAAUAACUUGUUACUGGUUA